CUGACCUUUUGCAUUCUCUGUCGUAGAACUUUCGACGUUGCUGUCGAUGUGGGCUGCGGUCGUGGACACUUAGCCCAACAUUUAACGAGUGAUACUGUUAACUACCUCUACCAGUGCGACAGUUGCCUGGAUAUUCUGAAACAAGCGAACCCCUCACCAGACGUUGAAACCAUGUUCCUCAAUAUCGACGAGGAGAGCCUUCCGUUUCAGGAGAACUCUAUCAAUCUCUUCCUCAGCUGCCUUGGCCUUCACUGGAUCAACGAUCUACCGGGAACUUUCUCUCAGGUUUUACGAAGCCUCAAGCCGGAUGGUUGCUUUCUGGGUGUCACCUAUGGAAUGGACACCCUGUUUGAGUUGCGUGUCGCCCUCCAGUUGGCAGAGAUGGAACGUCUGGGCGGCUUCUACCCUCACGUCAGCCCUUUCAUCGACAGUGCUCGACUAGGUGAUCUCCUCCAAGAGGCUGGCUUCAACCUCAUCACCUUGGUGAGCUUGCAACUGUUUCCUCUGCAAACCCCAGAGUACUCUCUGUUUUAA